UUCCCCAGGCUCAGUUACCAAGGAGACGAGAGCUGUGUUGCUAGCCUCUGCUAGCCGUUGACCUAGCGUCUGAGCUCGGGGAAAGGCUAGCGUUAGAAGAGUCCCUCGGCGGCGUAUGUUCUUAUUCUAACGGGACAUUGGAAUCAUGGCGGAGCUCCACAUUAUAGGACAUAUUGUCGGGGCCACCGGUUUCCCGCAUAGCAGUCUAUUUUGCAAAUGGGGUGUUCACACGGGAGGAGCAUGGCGUCUUCUAGCCGGGCUGAAGGAGGGUCAGACCCAAGUGGAUAUCCCCCAAACCGGCGACAUGGCGUACUGGAGUCACCCGAUAGAUCUGCACUACGCGACCAAGGGACUCCACGGCUGGCCGAAGCUUCACCUCCAGGUGUGGCACCAGGACUAUUUCGGGCGCUGCCAGUUGUACGGCUACGGGUACUGCCACGUCCCGUCGAGCCCGGGACAUCACCGGAUCGACUGCGUGACCUGGAGGCCGCUCGGCUCCUGGCAAGAACAGUUGGCGCAAAUGUUCGUCGGCGGAGGACCGCAGCUGCGCAGCCCGGACCUCAUAUACAGCGGGGCGGACAGAUACAGACUGCACACCGAGGCCAUGGGAUCCGUGGCGCUGGAGCUGGGCAUCAUCAUGAGACACUUCGACAAAUAUGGCGUCGAGAGUUGAAUGACUUUUGGGAGACUUGCGAUGGGCUUUGUAUCGUGACGGUGGAGGUUUUAUAUUUUAUAAGGGGGGUUGUUUUCUACAUUCGAUAUGUAAAUAAAUAAACUAUUGUCUUAACGAAGUUGGUUCCUUGAUUAUGCACUUUCUCCUUAUGUUGUCUAGGAUUGGUAUUGAUUUUUAAUAAAUGGAUGGAGCAACCCGAUAAUUCUC